GUACCAUCGCGUGCUGAAGAAGAGCAAGAGGCGCAAAGCCCUGAAGGAGUUUGAGCAGCUGCAUAAGUUGGACCCUGAGGCCGCGUUGGCACGGCUGGAGGAGCUGGAGCAGCUCAGGAUGCAGGAGCGGAUGAGUCUGAAGCACCAGAACAAGGGGAAAUGGGCCCGUUCCAGGGCCAUCAUGGCUAAGUAUGACCUGGAGGCCCGCAAGGCCCUGCAGGAGCAGCUGGCCAGGAGCAAGGAGCUGAUGCAGAAGGUGCGGGUGGAGCUGCCCGAGGAGCAGCCGGGUGAUGUGCCCGAGGAGGACCCCGCGCCGGUGACCGUCCCCACCAUCCCUGCGGUUGCGGGUGCCGGUGGGGCUAAUCCCUGGAUGCUGGGCAAGCCCAGUAGCCCAGACGAGGAGCCCGAGGCACAGGAGGGUCCUGGAGACGUCACGGUGCCUGAUGCUGCGGAGAGCAAGGAGGAGGAGGAAGAAGAGGAGAUGUCAGAGGAGGAAGCUCUGCUGCAAGACUUUGCGCAGAAACGGAAUGCGCGGCAGCAGCGGGCAGGGAGCCCCGAGGGCCAAGGAGCAGAGGAGCGAGCGCAGCAGCAGGAGGAAGGCAGAGCUGGGGACUGGCAUGCCAAGAAACCUCCAGCCAAGAAGAAGAAGAAGAAGAAGAUGAUCAGCCUGCAGGCAGUGCUGGCCGGGAAGCCCCAGGAGGUUCCAUGCCCCAACCUCCCCGUGGUCGUGGAGGAGGAGGAGGGGGGCAUCGACCAAAGAGGGGCCAUCACAGAGGCCUUUGCUGGGGACGACGUGGUCGCUGAUUUCCGCCGGGAGAAGCGCAAGGCAGAGCAGGAUGCGAAGCCGCUGGUGCUGCCGGGCUGGGGCGAGUGGGGAGGCACGGGACUGAAGCCCAGCGCCAAGAAAAUAAAACGGUUCCUCCUCAAGCCACCCCCAGCGCCUCCCAGGAAGGACCAGCACUUGCCCCACGUCAUCCUCAGCGAGCGGCGCAACAUCUACGCGGCAGCGCAUCAGGUCAGUGAGCUGCCCUUCCCUUUCGAGAGGCACGAGCAGUUUGAGCAGAGCAUCCGCAUGCCCGUGGGCACCACGUGGAACACGCAGCGAGCCUUCCAGAAGCUGACGGCCCCGCGUGUC